AUGGUGACUGCAAAGAAAACGAAGAAGUCUCACGAGGGUAUCAACAGUAGGUUGGCUCUUGUAAUGAAGAGUGGUAAAUACACUCUUGGUUACAAAUCUGUACUCAAAUCUCUCUGUGGCUCUAAAGGGAAACUAAUCCUCAUCUCUACCAAUUUCCCACCUUUGAGAAGAUCAGAGAUUGAGUAUUACGCAAUGCUCGCUAAAGUUGGUGUUCACCAUUAUAAUGGAAGUAUUGCUGCUCUUAACCUCUAUGUCGGGGACGACUAUGUCCCUGCAACUCCUGGUGGAGCUAGAGGUGUCAAAAGCAUCACAAAUUAUGCCCGAGAGCAGGCAGUAAAGCAUGAGGAGGAUAAUUUGGUUCACACAGUUUCUAAAGACUAUAUCGAUCCUAGAGAGAAGACGAUCCCUAGCUAG